ACUUAAGGUACCUUUAAUGUCUCUUUUGUAGUUUUUGUUUUGAUUUUAAUAUUAAAUUCAUUUUUAUUCAUCCCCUCUCUCCGUUCAACUUUCUUAUGAUAGUCCUUGCGAAAUCCGGGGUUUUAAGGUUACCAUUUAUCGACGUUGGUCAAUUGCUUGUACUCAUGCUCAGUAUAGAAAGGUUACUUUGCAAGGAUUUAAAUACAUAUUUAUUGGAUUUGGUCCAUUUAUUCUUGUUCUGUUUCUGUUCAACCAUUUAUUUUGCCCCCUCUUUUCCUUUUCCUUUUCCUUUCUUUUUUUUCUAGAAAAAGACUAUUAAAUGCAUAAACAGCAACAUUAGCGAUGGAACUAAAUCUGAAAAUUAAAAAAGAAAGGAAGAAGAAAGAAAUCAGUAACAUUAUGAUUCUGGUAUAUUGCUUUCCGACUAUUCAUUAGCUCCACCAAC